AUGACAAUUCAGAUAGUGGAUUCGGUUGAAAAUAGGUCAUUCGACAACUAUGUAACGAUUAAGUUGAAUGACUCGUUGUAUUUAUUCCAUCUAGUCUAUUUGAGAGACAACUGUACCGGCAAAGAAAGCUUCCAUGGUGAAACACAUCAGAGACUGAUUGAUAUCUUCAACGAUAUCGAUUUGGAGAAAGAUUUGAAUGGUACUGUCGUUGUUGAAGGUGAUGAAUUGGUUGUGAAAUGGUUCGACGGUCAUAUUUCAAGAUUCACGGAAAGAUGGCUCUUGAACCACGCAUAUUAUCCAGAGAAGAACGUUAUCAAUAACAAAGCAGUUAAGUUGCCCAAUCGCAUCACCUGGUGCAAGCAAGAAUUUAAUGAAUUGAAACAAGCUAGCGAUCACUUUAAGAAUGACUACAAUCAUAUUAACGAUGAUUCUACAAAAAAAAUUAUCUUCAAUGAGAUUUAUCAGUACGGCUUCACGUUAAUUGACAAUGUUCCUGUGUCCCUCGAUGCUACUAAGGAGGUAUCUGAAUUGAUUUCAAUCAUCCGUCCCACGCAUUAUGAUACUGGCGUAUGGGAUUUUACCUCUGAUUUAUCGAAAAAGGAUACCGCAUAUACCUCACUCGCUAUCGAUAUGCAUACGGACGGUAACUACUGGUAUGAGACUCCUGGGUUACAAUUGUUCCACUUACUAUUGCAUGAUGGCCAAGGUGGUGAAACUAGAAUUUGUGACGUUGCACACAUCUUAAAACUAAUUAAGGACAAAGCUAACGAAGAUGAAUCAUGGCAAGAAACUUUGGAAAUUCUAACAAAACAACCAAUCGAGUUUCAUCAAUCAGGGGAAUCUGAGAAUGUGUUCAUUGAGAACAGGUACCCAAUUUUGCAAGUUGACAAGGACGGAGAAUUGAUCCAAUGCAGAUGGAACACCAGUGACCGGACGUCCAUGUUAAAGGGUACUAAGUAUCCGGUGAAUGAAAUUUACAGAGCUAUGGCAAGAUUUAACGACUUAAUUAAUGACACUGACAACUACGUCAGAUUCCCACUGGCACCAGGUACUAUUUUAGUCUUUGACAAUUGGAGAGUUUUACACGCUAGAACCGCUUUCAACGGCAAAAGAAGACUAUGUGGGUCAUAUUUGACCAGGGAUGAUUUCCUUGCCAGAUACAGAUCUCUACUAUUCAAUCGUGAACAGUGGCUCGAAUCAGUUUAG